UGAUUCAGUAAAAUGUGUACAUAAUGUUUGAGAUGUCAGUCACUUAAAAAUCAGCAAUAUCUACUUUUCAAAUAACCAACAAAGAAAACAUUUGGCAGAUAUAAAAUAACAAAAGAGACAAUCGGAAUGGAACAAAACAAGAACAUAUAUAAUGAGAUGCUGAUAUAUUUCUACAGAACUGAAAUGAAAUAUUUUCUUGCCAAUGUCUGUAACAUCCGGGUACGUGGCGAGAACACCAUCUGUUUGUAACUUAGACGUUUUAAGGAAGACUCGUUACUUCUAUUUCAAAUAAGACACACAAACGUGUUGUGUGUACUUUGCUUGCGACCACAGUCCCAUGCCUGUCUAUUGUUGAGGCGAUCAGCAAAUAUAGCUCCACCCUUUCCAAGAGCUGUAAGCAAAAGUAACCUGGAACCUUAUGUCAUUUCAUUUACAUAUUAUUUAAGAUAGAACCUGUAUACAAACUGUGCCAUUGCUUACACAAUGUUCAAACGUCUACUACCACUUCAAACUGGUAACGUAAGUACAACCCAUGUUCGCAAUCUACCCAGCUGACACUUGCAGGGUGACAUGUAAUCCGAAACCUUGUUCUAGGAUGGGAGUAGCAAUGUGGGAGAAAUAUAUCCCCGGGGACGUUCCGCUAUUGACACUCGCGUGACACACAACAGGGACGAAAAUUAAUGAUUGGAUCAGUGCUCAGCAGUGAUCUGCUCGUAACUGCAAUACUUAGGUCAACAUAACCUAGGCUCGGCACAAACUGCCACAUUCCCUGGGUCUAACUUUUAACAUUGAUUUAUUUUCUGACAGAACUUCUUGAACUUCAAAUCGAGGGGGAAAACAGGAACUUCAAGAGUACAUCUCUGAGAAUUGUUUUCAAUUUCCCUGAACUUCUCUGUUCCUAGCAGUAAAGGGGAAGAUUCAGAACAAAAUAAGCAUUGUAUGAAUGUAAUGCUGUCAUCAGGAAAGGAAUAAUCGAUGUAUUGAUAUAUGUAUGAAAAUAGCUAUGAACUAGGUAUUUUACUUUUAUAUGUGUAUCACAUCGCUCAUCUACUACAUUUAAGGUGUACUGGGUAAAACAUCAUUGCAACAGUGUCAACCAGUGUGCCAUAUCAAUAAAACCAGAAACACUAAACAGACAAGAAGGAGGACGUGAAUUGAGUUCUAUUCUAAGAACAUCCCUCGAUUUCAUCUCCAAACAUGAACAUUUAUUGAACUGGAUCAUCCCAAUGUACUAUUACGAGGCGGAUAAGGUGUGUUUGUUACAAAGAUUCCUUUACUUCUUUAAGAAAAAUAUAAUACCUUGCAGAAAAUGGGCUGAUGUCUAUCUGCUAGUUUGGACUUGUUGGGGACCAACUGGUGGCACAUUCUUUACUACAGUGUGUUCAUCCAGUGAUACUGUGUCCAUUGUCGCCAUGUGUGGGGAUCUUGAGAAUCUGAAUCAAUGCUUGUCCGAAGUCAAUUUGUAUUUUUGUAUGUAAAAUUACAAAACAACCCAUUCUGACACAGUUCGUAUCUAAACUGUACUAUCAUGUCAGGACUUGUCUUGACACAACCUGACUAAUCAAGACGAGAAUGUAAGGUAUUUAUAUAACAGCUACAGUCUGGGUUGGUGAUCAUACGCCAGGUCUGCACACCUACUGAACAAGUAGUACUACCAUGGCUUCACAAAACCCACCAGAAAACACCAGACAGUUUGGUGAAAGUGGCAAGAGAGAGAGCCAACUGGACUGGGAGGAGUACUUCAUGGCCACUGCAUUUCUGUCUGGAAUGAGAAGCAAAGACCCCGUCACGCAGGUCGGAGCAUGUAUUGUCAAUCCUAAGAAAAGGAUCGUGGGAACCAGUUACAACGGGAUGCCUAACAACUGUAGCGAUACAUUGCUCCCCUAAAAAAGACCCUGCCACCAACUGGGAACUAAACGUUAUUACGUCUGCCAUGCAGAGAUGAAUGCUGUGAUAAACAAGUUCACAGCAGACUUGGAAGGCUGCACUAUGUACGUGGGCUUGUUUCCAUGUAACGAGUGCGCCAAGAUCAUCAUCCAGUCUGGCAUCAAGACAGUGGUCUACUACUCGGACAAGAAACAUGACAAGGAAGAAGUAAAAGCCGCGAAGAUCCUGUUUGAGGAGGCUGGUGUUCAAAUAAGAGAAUAUAAUGGAAAGAAGAAGCAGGUUAUGGUGGAUUUCCAGUCCAUUGAAGACGCCGCCUAAGACCGGAAGAAAGGCUCCAGGAAAUCUUUGUAUUCAUUUGCAGAUUUUUGCCCGUCAUCUGCAAUUCAAAACUGAAAAUACAAGGCUCCUUUAUUGCAGUAUUUAGGUAUAAAAAUAAUUAUCGUAUUUCUUCCAAUAUUCUAUUUUGCAACGUAUUUGAUUAUAAUGACCUUUGAGUAUCUGUAUAGUUACAUUUAGCCAAUACUUUAACUUCUACGGAACACUUUGACGGAACUGUUGUCAUACAAGUGUUACCUCCCCUUAAAUUAUCUCCCUUUGUCGUAAGUGACUAGCACGUACACAAACUGUUGACGUUCUUUUUACGUUAGGUCCACAUUGACAAGGCAAUGUCAGAUGGUCGUUUAUGGAAUUAAUAUCAUUUUUUGCCGAUUGUUAUCCUCUCGAAAAUGUUUCCUUAUAAACUGUAAAUUUAUCAUUUAACUCGUCAAUCGUUCGUUUCGCAAUGCACCACUUUUGUUACUUGGCCAGCGUGUUUCUUUCCCUUCCAACAGCUGUCUCCUAGUUUUCAAGAACAUUUUUUUUUAAAGUUGAUUUAGUUCAUAAUCAUAUCUAAAUGUAUUGACCCUAAAUAUUUUUGAUACUUUUGUUUAUAUUCUUUAAGAUUUGGGAAACACUUUGCAAGUCGCAAAUACAAGGGGCAGUGAACCGUCCCUGUGUGUGAGGUAGGGAGACCUUACGUUUCAAGGUUUUACAUUUGUAAUGAAAUAAUUUAAUUUUCUGGUAGACAGCUACACAAACAAUAUAUAAUAAAUAGGAUAAUCCAUGUGUCGAGUGAAAUGUCAUGUCACUCGAUGAGAGAAACAUGGUAUUUCACUGAACACAUGGAAUAUCCUCUAUAUUCGUUGUCAAUAAAUGCAACGAAAACAGUUAUAUAUUCGUAAGAAGUCUUUGCUGAAAGAAGAAUCCACUGUGAGCGUAUCCUGGUGGCACCCAUGCUAGUUGCUUCACAAUAUAUGACUCAAUGUUCUCUCUCUUGUACGUUAUCACUAAUAUUCUCCAAUAAAAGUCUUCCCACUUUC